AUGGCGAUUUCCGAUGCGGUGGUGGGGAACCUGACGACGCUGUACCUGGUGGUGAUAGCGGCGAUGAAGGCGUAUGGACUGGCGUCGGGGAGGAGCUUCAGCAGUGGAUAUGUGCUGAUUCUGUCAACAAUUGUAGUGGGCUUAAUCUUGAUUGCGAGUCUGACGUGGGACGUGUCCCGGAAGGCCACGUAUGCAUUGACACGCGAUCAUAGCCAUGAAAUGUGCCGCGGCGGCAUCUGCUGGCACGGUGUCGCUGUUAAAUCGCCGGCGUCUCAGGUCCGGUUCCGGCUACCUCAGCAGCAUAUACAAUAA